CCACAUCUUACAGCGAUGAGCGCGCCCUUCUCCCUCGAUGAAGAAGUCCGGCUCUACAACACCAACGCCGAGCGGGAGCGCUACAACCUCCUCUCAACCCUCUUCGGCAUCAUCGUGACGCUUGAUUACCUCGAGCGGGCAUACGUUCGCGAUUCCAUUACCGCAGCUGAAUACUCGCCUGCGUGUACGCGCUUGUUAUCGCAGUACAAGACGAUGUUGAGGCUUGUUGGGGAUGAUGUACCGUCUGUGGAGGAGUUUAUGAGCCGAUACAAGAUGGAUCAUCCUGCUGCGCUGCAUAGAAUCAGGGUCGGCGUGCCAGCGACGGUGGAGCAUUCAAGUGAAGCGGGGCCAGAGACGGGUAAAUGGGUUGCGCAGACUACACAGAGCUUUAUCACCUUUAUGGACGCGUUGAAACUACGUCUACGGGCGAAAGAUCAGCUACAUCCUAUCUUACAAGAGCUCGUCACGGGGUAUGCGAGGUUUAAGGGGAGUAAGGAUUGGGAGGGGCGAAGUAAGAUGGUUUCGUGGCUUAUCACACUGAAUGGAAUGAAAGCAUCGGAAGAGAUAACGGAGGAACAGUCCAGACAGCUUUUCUUCGAUGUGGAUCAUGCUUACGCCGAGUUCUUCCGCAGUUUGAGUGGGGGGAAGGACGAUCCUUCGUAGCGCGGCAUUCCUUCCCUUCACCUUUGAACAUGCCAAGAGAAAAAGUUGAAGGCUUUUGGAUCGUUUCACUCAGGCUAGGAUUGAAGGACGUAUGUAGAAGAUAGACGACCAGAAGCAGGGAGAGUGGAAGAAGUAAUACAUAAUUAAGUUGCUCCUUGUGUAACUGACAGAGCCUUCAAGGAAGUCCCAGAGUGACAUACAUAUACGCCUUUCGUCUU